CGUGCGCCGAAACGCUCGGGGUCCGCUACGAUAUCGUGCCGAUCGGCGCCCCGGUCGACGCGGUCAAUGAAAAUCUUGCGAAAGUAUUCGAGGGCCGCGCUCCCGAUAUCACCGAGGAAAACCUUCAAUCGCGCAUGCGCGGCACCAUUUUGAUGGCGGUCUCCAACAAGUUGGGCUCGCUGCUGAUUACCACGGGCAACAAGUCCGAGAUGGCGGUUGGCUACGCCACGAUCUACGGCGACAUGAACGGCGCCUACAACCCGAUCAAGGACAUGCUCAAGAUGCAGGUCUAUGGGCUGGCCGAAUGGCGCAAUUCCUACUAUCCGACCGACGUGCGCGGACCAGCGGGCGUGGUCAUCCCCCCCGAGAUUAUUUCCAAGGCGCCAAGCGCCGAAUUGCGGCCCGACCAGACCGAUCAGGAUUCCCUGCCGCCCUAUCCGGUGCUCGAUGCGAUCAUCGAGGCUCUGAUCGAAGAGGAAUUGUCGCUGGCCGAAAUCGUUGCAAAAGGGUUCGAUGCAGACCUGGUCAAACGCAUCGAGCGGCUGAUCUAUGUCGCCGAGUUCAAGAGGCGCCAGUCGGCCCCCGGACCCAAGCUCACGGCCAAGGCAUUCGGUAUUGGGCGGAAAUACCCGAUCACUUCGGGUGUUGUCGUUCGCUAUGCGCCCUCGCCGACGGGCCGCCUGCAUUUGGGCAAUGCGCGCCCGUUGAUCCUCAACUGGCUGUUCGCGCGCAAGAAUUCGGGCAAGUUCAUCCUGCGUUUUGACGACACCGACACGGCUCGCUCGACCGAAGCGUUUGCAAAGGGCAUCGAAGCCGACCUCGAUUGGCUGGGCAUCUUGCCCGACAUCAAGGUGCGCCAGUCAGAUCGGCUCGAUCUCUAUGAUGUCGCACGCGACAGACUGAUCGCCGACGGGCGGCUCUAUCCGGCCUAUGAAACUGCCGAUGAACUUGAUCGAAAGCGCAA